GCGCGGUACGGAGUCAGCGUUCCUUGGCGAGCUACACUCGACGCUGGCGCCCCCUGCCGCGCCCGACCACGACUGGCAACACACCCUCUCACUCAUACUCAAAGGCCUCAUCUUCACAACCAUCAUCAUCGGAGCUCUCUUCGGCAACGCCCUCGUCAUCAUAUCUGUCCACAGACAUAGGAAACUUCGCGUCCUGACAAACUAUUACGUAGUCAGUUUAGCUGUGGCUGACAUGCUCGUCGCACUAUGCGCGAUGACUUUCAAUGCUAGCGCCGAACUGACUGACACGUGGCUUUUCGGCCCUUUAGUCUGUGAUAUCUUCAAUUCCCUCGACGUGUACUUCUCAAGUGCGUCGAUACUUCACCUGUGCUGCAUAUCCGUUGACCGAUACUACGCUAUAGUCAGGCCUUUAGAAUACCCAGUCACAAUGACUCAUAGAACUGUUUGUUUCAUGCUGGCAAACGUAUGGUUGUGGCCUGCUUUUAUAAGUUUUGUGCCAAUAUUCAUGGGCUGGUACACAACCGAACAGCAUCGACAAGAAAGAUUACAUCAUCCAGAUGUAUGUAUGUUCAAAGUAAACAUGGUCUAUGCAAUAGUAUCGUCGAGUGUUUCAUUCUGGAUACCCAGUUUGGUCAUGAUUUCUAUGUACUGCCGGAUAUUUAGAGAAGCAAUAAGACAAAGAGAAGCAUUAACGAGAACAUCAUCGAACAUUCUUCUGAAUUCUGUCCAUAUGAAGCACACGUCGCAUUCGGCGCAUCAUUCACAUUAUCUGCACCCUGAGAGAAGACCUUCUGACAUCAGUCCAAAUUAUAGUACGUUUACAGAAGUAGGGCCUGAAGAGACUGAAUUUGGUGGAGAAGUGAUGAUGGCUAUAGGGGACAUUUGUCCAAGUAAGGAGGCUAGUCCGAGGAAGUCGGUCAAUGUGAGCUGUGAUACAGCUAGUUCUGGAUAUUGUUCUGGAGGAUCGAAUAAGAGGUCGUCGAGUGGACAGCCACCUCCUGGUUGGAGACCGAGUUGCUCAUCUGCCGUCGCAACCAGAGACCUGGCGAAAGCAGCUACAGAAUUAAACGCUCAAGGUGCGUCUUUAAGAGCGGCGGGCAAGUCUUGGCGAGCGGAGCAUAAAGCCGCGCGAACGCUUGGCAUCAUAGUCGGCGCGUUUUUGUUGUGUUGGCUGCCGUUUUUUCUUUGGUACGUCACAACAAACUUAUGUGGAGAGCCUUGCGAAACUCCAUCAAUCGUCGUCGGCGUCCUAUUCUGGAUAGGCUACUUCAACUCGGCACUCAAUCCUCUCAUCUACGCGUAUUUCAACCGCGACUUUCGAGACGCGUUCAAAAACACGCUCAUGUGUGCACUGCCUUGCUGCUUCAGUUGCUGGAAGGACACAGGAACGGCACAGUUCGUGUAGUAAUUACAGACGUGCGACUAAAAAGUCGCAGAAUCGCAUGAACGAUUAGUGUCUAGUGUGUAGAGCAUCGAAUAUCGCUAACAUUUUGUAUUUAUAUGUAUAAGCUUCAAAUUGAGUUGUUUUGUAAUCAUUUCGAAUGGUUGUAUGUAUGUAAAGUUCUAUCAAAAAGGAAAAUAUUGUAUUAAAUUCUGCUUUUGUAUGAUUACGGCGAUAUUACGUAAGUGUUGUCGUUAUUUGUAUGUGUGGGUGUACGCUAUCUUUAAUUAGGGCUUUGUAUAAGAAAUUGGUAUAUCAAGAUGGUGACUGUAAUACUAAUUAAGUAGUUAUUGUAUGGUUUAACCACGGUCUGAUUACUUUAUAUUGUUGACUAGCUGUUGGCCGCGACUUCGUCUCCGUGGGCAAUAUAGAAUUUCCAAUUUUCCAAUUUCGUUUAUUUAAUCGUUCAUUGCUCAACCCCCGUGGGUGAUAGCGUAAUAAUAUAUAGCCUAUGUGUUGAACCAGCCCCCAGGCAAUAGUCAUACAAAAUUUGAUUUAAAUCCAUGCAGUACUUUUUGAGUUUAUCCGGGACAAACAUACAGACAAACAGACAUACAAACAAAAAUUCUAAAAACUACAUAUUUGGGUUCAGAAUCGAUUAUGGAUCACCCUCCAAGUAUUCUUUAAAAAAAAUAUUCAAUGCACAGUUUUGACUUUCCUAUCAUUUUAUUAUAUGUAUGAUAUGAUGUUCCAGGAAAAACUUCUAUUAAUGUCAUGGAAAUAAAAAUACCAAAUAAUCUUUAUAAAAUUCACCCUCUUUAAACUGAGCAGCUGAAUUAAUUUAGAAAGUAUAGUUUUUUUUUAUAAUAAGUUUGACAGCUCUAUAAAGUAAUAGAUCUAUGGUGAAACAUAUAAAAAGUCCUUCUCUAGGUAAAGUGGUAGUUCUAAAUUUGGUAAAAAAAUAUGCGAUUUUAAAUCGUCAAGUGUCUAGUAGGUCUUAUUUUGACUUAAGAAAUUAAUUAAGGUACUUAGAAAUGCGCUUUGCAGUAUGUGAAAAGUUCGUAAUACGGGUGCAAUAAAUAGAUA